GUGUAUUUAAGGGAGUUGUUUCGGGGCAAUCUUACACACGCUCAACUCCGAUUAAGUGCAGGGGCAUAGCUUUCCUAGAACAACAGAAGCCUCUGCAGUUAUGGCUGAAGAUUCGGUUGAGUUAAAACAAAAAACAGGGUUAGAAAACAAUGGUUUUGUUGCUGACCAUGGCUACGAUGGUGAGGGCAAGCCAACCACCACCCAAACUGAAGAUGGCCAUACUCUCGCAGUUCAUGUUGAUGCGUUGCCUGAAGACAAUCUGAUCUUGAAACCUUAUGCUGGGAUGCCUAAAGAUGUAUUACUUCAGUUUUCGAGGCGGCCAUGCUACAGAAUAACUCGAGAAAUUCUUUUCUGGUUGAUCAUUGCAGCGACGGUAGUAAUUGUGGCUGCAACCAUUGCAAUUAUAGCUCUGUCUCCAAGAUGUCUUGAUUGGUGGCAAAGUAGUCCUAUUUAUCAAGUCUACCCAAAGUCUUUCAAAGAUAGCAACAAUGAUGGAGCUGGAGACCUCAAAGGAAUCCAAGAAAAAAUCGACCAUUUUCUGUAUCUUGACGUGAAAACAGUCUGGGUUGCUCCUUUCUAUAAAUCUUCACUAAAAGAUUACCAUUAUGCUGUUGAUGACUUCAGAGAUGUUGACCCCACAUUUGGAACCAUGGCUGACUUUGACAACAUGAUCUCAGCUUUGCAUGAUAAUGGUUUAAAGCUAAUUAUUGAUCUAAUCCCAAAUCAUACAAGCAGAAAACACAACUGGUUUCAACUGAGUCGUAAUAAAACUGGGAAAUACACGGACUACUACAUCUGGCACGAUUGUCAAUAUACUGCCAACCAGGCACUACCUCCAAAUAACUGGGUCAGCGUUUAUGGAAAUUCCGCAUGGGAGUACGACGACACCAGAAAGCAGUGCUAUUUUCACCAGUUCAAGAAAGAACAACCUGAUUUAAACCUCUAUAAUCCAGAUGUCAUAAAGGAAAUUGAGGACAUCAUAAAAUUCUGGCUAGAGAAAGGUGUUGAUGGAUUUACAAUUGAUGCCGCGAAAUUCCUUCUGGAGGCUGGACAUCUCAGAGAUGAACCACAGGUCAACAAAUCACAAAGCCCAGAUACAGUUACAAAUUAUACAGAUCUGUAUCAUGACUAUACAACCACCCAAGUGGGAAUGCAUGACAUCAUUCGCAGCUUCCGUCAAGCAAUGAACGCGUAUAGUAGAGAGCCUGGCCGUUACAGGUUUUUGGGUGCAGAGUCCAAUGAUGAGAAUAUGGUUAGGAACACUAUGAUUUAUUAUGGCAAUUCUUUCAUCGAAGAAACAGAUUUCCCGCUUAAUUUCUACCUGUUAGAUUUGGGAGAAGGUAUUUCUGGUAAUUUAAUAUUUGAAACGGUGGACCUCUGGAUGUCAUCUAUGCCGAAAGGAAAGUGGCCCCAAUGGAUGGUUGGAAGCCCAAGUAAUUCUCGCAUUGCAUCACGGGUUGGUAGAGAAUACAUCAAUGUUAUCAAUAUGCUCCUACUGACACUCCCUGGCACGCCUAUAACUUAUUACGGGGAAGAACUUGGAAUGGAAGAUGAUCCUUUAGCUGAUAACCCAAAUAUGAAUGAAGAAUAUGAUCGCACUGAAUUUCCAGAGAAGACGCCGAUGCUGUGGGAUUCACAUCCAAACGCUGGAUUUAGUGAAGCCAACGCAACAUGGCUUCCAGUCAACCCGAAUUACGCAGAAUCAAACGUGGAAACUCAAAAGACCAAACUAGAUUCACCGCUAAGUUUAUACAGAGACAUAAAUUUACUACGAAAUAACGAGCUACCUAUUCACAGAGGAUGGCUGUGCUACGUAUGGAAUGAUUCCAACAUUUUUGCCUAUGUCAGAGAAAUGGAUGGCUUAAACAAGGUGUUCAUGGUUGUGCUGAACUUUGGGACCGGAUCAACUAUAAACAUGAAAGCGUCAAUUCCAGAACUUCCAGCCAAAGCAACAAUUAGACUCAGUACGGUGUCUGCUAACAAUGGCAAACAGGUUAACACAGACAGCAUUCAAACACAGACAGGAGAAGGCUUUAUACUGCAGUAUAAAACCAGCAAACAGCUGCAUAAGAUGGACUCGUUCAGGGAUAAGUGCUAUAUAUCUGAAAAGGCGUGUUAUUCCAGCGCCUUCAAUUUGCUUUAUAAAAAUUGUUAGGCAUUGAUCCUUGUGCAAAUUUGGUGUGAGCUCCGUACGAGGAUUUUGGAAUCCUUAAAUCCUACAAUGAAGCAUUGCAGCAGUCUCCAGUCUUGUGAAUGCCUGCUAAUAAUGAUGGGAGCUGCACAUGGUCCUUCUCUGGUCCACGUGAACUGCUACUCCCAUGAUUCUUAGCAAGUCCCAGACUCACGGGACUCUUUAUUCCACAGUAACUGGAAUAUCUCACGUAUCUUCAGCCUUUUAUGGUCCAUCGCAGAAGAUAUUACAAUCCUGAAUGGUUUCUUUUUUCAUAUAAAUGAUAUUAAACAAUAUAAAACAUG